AUGAAAGAACCGACUAGACUAUUUAAAAUUCAGCCAAUAAUUGACUAUUUUAAUGACAAAUUUCCCAGUUUAUACUAUCCUUCACAAGAGAUAGUCAUUGACGAAUCCCUUUUGAAGUGGCAUGGGAGACUAGGCUUCGCUCAUAAGAUUUUGUCGAAGACUGCACAAGUAGGUGUGAAAACUUACGAGUUGUGCGAGUCUUCCAGUGGCUAUCUCUGGAAGUUUUUAGUAUAUGCUGGAAAAGAAAAGACAAGGACUUCAACUACAAAUGACGUAAAACCUGACGAGGAUGAAACCACUGACAAACCAUCGGCAUCGAUUGAAAAUAACAAUGACCGUCCCAACAACGUUGACGAUACAAACCAUAAUGAGGCUGAAAUGACUGACCAUACAUCGACUGGAAAUACCAAUGACCGUCCCAGCAAUGCUACUUCCAAAAUUGUAUACGACUUGGUAGAGCCAUUACUUCACCGUGGACAUACGUUAGUAAUGGACAAUUUUUACAAUUGCCCAUUAUUAGCUCGAUGUUUAAAACGACAAAAUACUGACUGCUACGGAACCUUAAGGCUGAAUCGGGAAUUCGUUCCCGAUUCAUUAAAGACUUUGACGAAAACGGAACUUCGACAAGGUGAAGUAGUGGCUAGCUACUGUUCCGAUUUGUCGAUAUGUGUAUGGCGAGAUGUUAACAUAGUUAGUUUGAUCUCGACAUACCAUUACCUCCAAAUCGGAUCUCGACAAAAAUACAAUCGACUGACAUUCAAGCCAAGCAUUGUCCUAGACUACAAUAAAUCCAUGGGAGGCGUAGACAGGAAAGAUCAAUUCCUGUCUGCUCAGCCCUUGCAACUGAGAAAUGGGCACAAACAAGCUCGCUGUUGGAUGUGCGCCCAGCGAAAGGUCACUGCCAGAACUGUAUGGAAGUGUCUAGAAUGCAACAUUAACCUCUGCAUUGAAGGUUGUUUUAUGGAGUACCAUAUUUAA